AUGGCAACGUGAGUACUGAGUUAUGAGAGGUUACAGCCGAAUGUGCUCUGCACUGCUUUGAAACUUAUAUAUCAUAAAUUCAUCAAUAACAAAAAAACAUGUGUAUGUAUAUGUAUGUAUGUGUGUAUGUAUGUAUAUGUAUGUAUAUGUGUAUAUAUGUGUGUAUGUGUGGGUAUAUAUGUAUGUAUAUAUAUGUAUAUAGACAGGUGUGUACAUGGGUAUGCGUGCGUGUGUAUAUGUAUAUAUGUAUAAUGUAUCAUGUAUAUAUUGUCUGUUCUUAUAUAUGAUCUAUUUAUUGCUGGUUUCCAUCCCAUCAAAUACUAGCAAUUGUAUGUGGAAAAACAUUGUACAAUGCAAGAUAUAAUGCCUUGCUCCCUGGGGGUCUGGUGGGUGGGUGGGUGGGUGGGUGGGUGGGUAUGUAUGAAAAAUGAAAUAAAAAGUUGGUCACAAAAAAACAAAAAAACAAAAAAACAUGAUCUUUACGGGUAUAAGAAUUCAGUACAACAAAGACUGAUCAGAAAAACACGAGAUCUACCAAUACUGCAAACUUUAGUGUUUGGGAAUCAAAUUAAUCUUGCAUCAGUGCAAAUGUCCUGACCAUAGACUGUAAGUACUAUGGAGAACUUGGCUCUGCCUUCCAGCAUUAUACAAAUCUGAAGCCUUAUUGUUCUCCAUAUUUCUGGGAUUUUCUCCACUUCCUUCAACGCAUUUGGAAGGGGAGACACUGUGAUGAUGCUCGGCUCAAACAGCGUAACCCCCGAGUGAGCUACGCAAUCUCCGUAUGCCCAUAGGCUGUAUCAGGUGUCAAUCAUAGAAAACAUGAACCCCAUAAUAACUUUUAAAAAUGGAGCUGUACAGAAAAAAGAGGACUUGAGCACAAGCCAGUCUGACAGUAACUACAUGUCAAAAUCACAACCAGGGGGGAGAAACAUUUAUAUUCUGUGUCAUUAAUUUAUAAAGUUUGUCCACAGCUCCAUAAGGAGGUGGAAUUUAUGACCUAUACUGCAGUCCGUCACCAGAGGGUGCUGUUCUCGCAGUGGCUACACCCACUGGAGGAGGCAGACGGCGUCUGUUCUAUACACAGUCUAUGGUCAUGACACUGUAAAAAAAAAAAUCAAACAGUGCAAAAACUGAAAAAUCAGUAAGUGGUAAAACCAAAAGUUGUUAAAAUGUUCAAAUAAAUAAAGAGAAAUUAAGAGUACUGGAAUUUAAUCCGAUACAAUAAUAGAUAGGAAAGCUGGCACUCUGUGAUCUAAAAUCUAUGAUUUCCAGUCAUCUUAACUCUGACUCUAUUAAAAAAACAGUGCAACAAUAACAGAAAGGUCCAGUUUCUCAGCAGGACUCUAGUCCUAGAGAGCCAUGCUGUUGUGAUCCCUGUUAUCAGAAUGUGGUUUGGGAUCAUAUGAAGGUCCUCCGUGAAAAAGUCCUUGUCUGGAUGGACGCAGAUAUUGCUCCUAAACCUGGAGAUUUUGUUUAAAACUGAGGAUGCAGCAUCUAUGAUUUCCAAUUCUUUGUUGAAAGGACAACUCAACUGGACUUAGUUAGUCCAGUUGUCCUUUCAUUGCAGUGAUUCCUACUUCAGAGUCCUGUCUGUUUUUAAUACCCUUAAGAUCAGGACCAUCCAGUCCUGGUUUUGGUCCUUGUCCCCCUUUAGUACAGAGAUUUCUCCAGACCCUCUGAACUUUAUUCCAAAACUGUUGAACUGUUAGCUCACACAGUCUCUCACAGAGUCCUGAACUUCUUCCAUCUUUCCUUCAAACAGACUCAGCCUCUCUGAAUGUUCGUCUUAGACCAAGUCAACAUCCCUACACCUGAGCACAACCCAUCAAGAUCUGUUUUAACAUUUUACACCACAGCUUCAUUUUGAGGGGUUGGGAUGAUAUGUAGCCUCAUAUUCAGCUGUUUUAUUCUAUCUUUACUUUUUUACAGGAAUACUUCAAGCAUAUUUGAGCAUGUCACCUCUGUUCUCAUUCAGUCGAGAUCUCCUGCUGUCUACAAGCUGACGCCACAGAAAGAGAAGAUCGGAAAUCUGACAAAAGUAACUGUUGGUAGGAAAAGGAUGCAGCAAAACAAAACAAUCUUGCUCGUUGGUGAAACAGGAACAGGAAAAUCUACUCUGAUCAACGCACUGGUCAACUACGCCAUGGGGGUGAAGUGGGAGGACAACAUCUGGUUCAAGAUCGUCGAGGAACAAUCAGGAAAUCAGUGUGAGAGUCAGACAUCAGAAGUGACGGUGUACGAGAUCUUUGGGUUUGAAGGUAAAACUCUGCCGCACUCUCUGACCAUCAUCGAUACUCCUGGGUAUGGAGAUACUGGAGGGGUAGAACAUGACGACAUUGUCAGUCAAAGAUUGUUGGACCUGUUUCGCACAGAAGAUGGAGUCCAUGAGAUUAACGCUGUGGGUCUGGUGCUGAAAUCAACUGUAAACCGUCUGAGUGACCGUCUAAGUUACAUCUUUGACUCUGUGCUAUCUCUGUUUGGUAAAAACAUGGAGGACAGCAUUGUUGCCCUCAUUACACACUCACCUGGAAGACAACCUAAAAAUGCUCUGAAGGCUCUCGAAGGUGCAAAAAUCAAGUGUGCCAAAGACAACAAGAACCAGCCUGUUUACUUCCUGUUCGAUAACUGCCAGACAGAAGACAGAGAGGAGGAUCCAGAUGCCCUCGAAUUUGCUAAUGAAAUCACAGUAAGGGGAAUAAGGAGGUUUGCUGACUUUCUGGAAAGAUCCGAACCGAAAAGUUUGCAGAUGACUGUACAUGUUAUGAAUGAGAGGAUGGGACUGAAAACGAGUGUCAAAAACCUGAAAGACCAGAUUAAGAUAAUUCAAGCAAGAAAGGAUGAAUUUCAACGACAGGCUGAGAGUUUUCCCUCAUUCCUCAGCUUGUUUUUUUCUGGGAUACAGGUAAUAGGAACCAUUGUAGAAAAUAUAUGGCUGGACGAAUCCUUCCAGCACAUCACUAAACUGGAGCAGAUCGCCCUGAAUACUGACUCUCUGUCCACUCAUGAACACUUGGACUUCCUGAUCAGGAGGAUGGAGGAGAAAGGAGACGCAGAUGCAGACAAGAUCCAAAAACUGAAAGAGAUAAAAAGUCGAGUAGAUGGAGGAAUCCAGGCAGGACUGCGGUACAAAGGAGCACUUAGAGGCUGUAGAUAGUUUGUUAUUUUGACACAGUGAAAAAACUGUUCAUAUCUCAAAUGUUGUUCUGACUAAUAAUACAUAAAAACUGUAGAUUUCUGAUGUAUGACUGUAAAAUGACACCACCGAUUACAACCUCAUCAUGUAUAAUUUCAGGUUGAUGAUGCAGUUAUUUAAUUUUGUCGGGUAAGAAUUGGACCUUUAAUAAAAACUAAAGAAAUCUAUGAGUAGAAACUUGAUUUAGAGACCUGAUAUCAUCUCUGGAAAUCAACUUUGGCACACUAACACUAUCAUCAAAAGACAAUGACUAAACACACAAGAUAAAUGAUCAUGAAUAUAAUUGGUGCAGGCAAUGAAACAAUCUUUUGGGAACAAGAUGUUAUCUUGUGUGCAUAAGAUAACUUGGUCCAACAAGGUUUUUACUUUUGUACAUAAAAAACAAUCAUUUGUACAAACAACAGAUUUGACUUGUGGAACAAGAUACCUCUGUUGUGCAAACAAGAUAAACUUAAUUCUGUAAGUUUUGCAUACACAGACAAUUAGCUUGUUCCCACAAAGUUACAACUGAUGCUCAAAAUAUUUAAUCCAUUUAAGAAGAUAAAGCAAGAUAAUUCCCUUGAGUCUACAAUUAGAGAGAUUUUUGACUUUUUUUGGACUUAAUAAUCUUGUUACCACAUGACAUCAACUGGUGCACAGAGAAUGUUAACUCAACAAGGUAAUAACACGUGUGAAGACACAAUUGACCUCUGGGAAUAAGUGAUAAUCUUGUGACAUAGAACAUAUCAUCUCUAAGAGGUCAUAUAAACCCCCUACAACCCUCUCAGACUGCAGCCCUGCCAGUCGUACUCAAAAUUAAGAUAUGAAGUGCUUGAUUAAAAUCUGUUCUCAAAAACAGUCCAAAGUACAAACUUCUGUGUGCAACUUCAAACAAACAUCUGCGGUUUCAAGACUGGUGUGGUUUGCAUGAGAAAGGACAGCCUCUUUAGUUACUUUAGUGACUGACUGACCUAACCCUGACUGGUGCACAGACACGGAUGUAGUCCGGAAACUGCAGCCUCCAGCUCUGCAGACACAACUCUGCUCAGGCUCUAAUUAUUCUGAUUUUCAAAUGAGCUCGGGGAGGGGGGGAAGUUGUCACAUGGUUUCAGAGAAAUGGUGUGCCUUCAUGAAAACCCCCUCGCUGAAAGAGAAAGUAAAAAUGGUGGGAUGAGGAGACAGUUUCCUUAAAAUCAUGUGACCUGAGGAGGACCUGCCCUCCCUGCAGUCUGCAGAUAUAAACUCUGCUCUCUGUUCUCUAAGCAUCCUCGGAGAGCAUCCUGAAGCUGACAGGUAGGAAACAGAUUCAAUACUCUAAGAUAUCAAUAUCUCCUACUAUAAACAUUCAAUAAUAUACCUAAAUAAAUAAAUAUCUGUUUUAUUUAUUGAUAAAUAAAUAAAACAGAUUGUAGCUAAAAUAAGUCAGGCUUUUGUGAAAUGUUUUUAUAGUGAUGCAUUAGAGAACAACUGUUGUGCUAGACAAAGCAAAAUGGACAGGAAGUACAUCUGUCAGAUACUUUUACUGUUUACCCGUGAGUGCAUGUUCAUCACUCUUCAAAAAGUGCUAUGUGAGGUACUUCUACUGUAGACUUCAUGUGUAUUUUGCAACACUAUAUUAAUAAAUUACAAUAGAAUACUUUUGGAGGACCUGUUUUUUAAAUAUACUAAUUUGUAAACUAAUUUGAAAAGAAAGAAGCAUAAAAAUGUGAUCAAAACAAUCUGAAUCUGAUUGAGUGUUUAGAAAGUAAAGACUUCAGUGUGAAUCUGGUAUUUUACUGUCUUUUUGUUAAAAAUGAACCAGACCUAAAUCUCAUUAAACUGUUGAAGGAUUUCACUGUUAGUAUGAAAAAACUCUUUUAAAUUUCAGACUUUUGAAAAGGACAUUUUACGACUUUAGGAGUUCAGUAAUUUGAAGUUGCUUUCUCUGAGCCAUGAGCAGUCAAAUACCUCUUUGCUUUGCUUUGAUGCCACACCCAUAACAGUCCAGUACACUUGAGAAUAACAAUGCUCUGUGGCUAAAGAGCUAAUUCUGACGCAGCUUGUUGUCACACAGCACACACCAACCAAUCAGCAUCUUUGAAUUUUGACAAGAAAAGCCCCUUUAAGAAGAUGGUUCAGUUAAUCAUAAACAAACUGUUCCAGUUUUAGACUCUGAAAGUAUUCUAUUGGUCUGAAGGCCAGUGAACAUUUUAAUACAUCAGUAUGCUGACACCUUUUCUACUUGAAUGCAGUAUUUUUUAUUCUGUGUUAAUAAUGUGAGGACUCUAAGACUGAAGUCGUAACAGUCAGUCUGCAAAGAUCAGAUAAAGAAAUGGGACUUUUCCUGCACCACUGUUUCUGCAGAGAUGGGUGGGGUCAGUUUAUGCCACACUAGUACACAUAAAAAAAACUGUUUAAGAUGCUGUUUAAGAAACAUGUCUAUUUUCUCAUCUGUUAAUACCUCCAAGUCACAGUCUACUCAUCCUUCAACCCAAAACUGCAUCACACUCGGGGGAAGAAGAGAGUGUCGGUAAGGAGCAGGAAAAGGCCAGCCGCCCCUCUGACACAGACAGACACGACUUAAUCAGAGGUAAGCUAACAUGAUUGCAGAUAUUACUUUAGUUAUACCCUCUUACUGAGGCCAGAGUGCACAUUGCCACUGGCAGUCUUUUUCUAUUGUCUCUUUUUGAUCCAUUUAGAUUUAGAUUGUACAAACUGUUUAAAAUGUUAUAGUUAAAAUAUUAAUGUUUUACAGUGAUUUGUUGUUGUUUAAAACCAAACAAAACUUUAAAAAAAAAAAAAAAAAAAAAAAAAAAGCAACUCUGCCAAUUGUCUUAAUUGGGUCAUUUUUGCCGGUCCCAAGCCUGGAUAAAGGAGGAGGGCUGGUGACAUAAAAAAAAAAACAAGGAUUGACAGAGGAAAGUUCAUUUGUAGUUUUUAACAAAUUUAGGGUGUUUUUUACUCACUUUUUGUCCCUCCCACGAUGUUGUACCCUCUCCCUUACAGCGUCCAUCACAAUUUUGCCAAUCAUGCAAAUUAGGCGAUGACGUCUUUAGCGACUUCUAGCGACUUUUAGGACAGCCAAUAGCUACUUUCCUUAAUGAGGAGUUGGCAACACUGCUGCACAGAGCAGCUCUGAGCAGCAGAGAGUGAAGACAUGGACAGCCCACUAAUCUCAGUUAGAAAAGAAAAACCUGGAGCAGAGACGGCCUGGGAUUUAGUUCACCAUCAAUCUGAUGUUAUUAUAAUCACACAGAACGUGUUGCUGGUGUGAAACCUUUGUAAACUCAGCAGUAUUUUUUUAUUGCAUAUUAAAAGUAAAUUAAUGUGUACCAGCCUUUGAUUAAAAGCUUCAUUUACUCGUACAGGUCAGAACAAGGGAGCCAACAACAGAUUUAACACUGGUCUUCGUUUGAAGAGCUAUAAAGUAACUUCUUAAUAAGUACCAAAUAUUAACACUAAAUAUAGUUAUUGGGCUUUAACAUUAUAAGGUUCAAUUCAGGUCAUGAGGUGGGUCUUAAAUAACAAUACACAUCCCAAAGGAUAUCAAAUCAAAAAUAAGAUAAAAUUAAGCUAAUGAACAAUUAUAAAACUGUAGUAUAUUAAGGGACAUUUCAACACAAACACAACAGUAAAUGAAAAUAUAAAAAUCAAAGUUAUGACCAAAUGUUUGAAGACUGAAUGUUUAUUAUGUGUUAAAGGUUGCCAGGUUAAGUGUGUGCUGUGCUGCACUGCUAUAGUGAUGCAUUGGUGUAGAAAUACAGACAACCACAGGCCAGCGGUCAGGACAGGCGGUUAACUGACUUCUUUUCUUUCAGAUAACUCAUAA